AUGCGACUCCUGCCACGGGGGCUAGCAUCAGGCCGGCGACCGUCAUGUCUCCUUCUGGUGCUGCUAGUUCUCCUGGUCGCUGCUCGUGUGUCCGAGGCCGCGGGCGGUGCUACUAAGGCCGCUGACGCCCAGACCGCCGCCGAUCCCGCAGCAACCCAGGCACCUGAGACUUCUACCACGCCGCCCGAAACUUCUUCGACAACCACCGACUCGACUACCACCACCGACUCUUCGACGUCGACGUCUGAAACUUCUACCACCACGUCGACGACUGAGUCGACUACGACCUCGUCAACGAUGGACCCGACCACGACUACCUCCACAACCACCUCGUCCACUUCCUCAACGGACAGCACAACAACAACAUCGUCAACCACCACAUCCUCCACAUCAUCCACAUCCUCCGGAGCCGCCUCCUCAGGCGGAUACCCCAUCGUGACUGUCCCUCCCACCGCCGGUGCACCGUACAUGCAAACAACCAACACGCCGGAGGGCACCGUGUUUAUCGCCGUCGGCGCGGCACUUGGCCUGAUCGGCCUCGCCCUUCUAGCCUGGCGCGCAAUGGUCGCAUGGUCAGUCAACCGCUCCGUCCGCCGCGCAGCGAUGAUGCAGUCCGAAAACAAGCGCCUCCUCCGCACAAACAAGAAACGCUCCACCAUGUACUCCGCCGCCCCAACAGCCAGCAUGUCCUUGGAUCGCCUCGGCGCUGGCGCCAAGCGCUCCAGCAAAGCCCGCGUCCCGAGCACGCACAGCGGCCUGUUCUUCUCGCCCACGGCUGGAGGCGGUGUUGGUGUCGGCUCGCAUACAAGUCUCAACGCUGGAGCCAGUUCAGCCGGGAACCGCGCCUCCAACUAUCUGCCUGCGGGGUACUAUGCUGCUGCUGGCAGUUCUACACCCGCCACCACCAGAGGAGGAGGACCAGAUCUCCAUGCGGGUCUGUCGUCGCCGGGAUAUCCGCCCAAUAUUUCGCCCACUCUCCCGCCGACAAGCACGUUCCAUGACCCGCCGCAUAACCAGCGCCAGUCGUAUGCAGGGGCCUCAACGAGUUCGUUGAAUCUGAACCAGGUGCCACAGGGCCGGGCUCCGAGUGCGUAUCUUGAAGAUCUAUUCGAGAGCCAUGUUCCGCCGCAUCAUCCGGACUCGGGCCGGAGGUGA